GCUGGGGGAGGGGAAGGUCUGCUCAGAGAGAGGCAGGGCAGCCAUCCAGGGGGGUCUCUUCUCCCCCCAAGAGCCCUUUACCCCUAGGCCUGGCGCCCAAGGCUCUGGGCAAGAAAGGCUCACCCAGGGGGAGGACCCCCAUCCCUGCCCUCAUGGCUUCCCCUUCCAGGUCCAGAGUGGGUGUGCCUGCCCCCGCCAGCCAGGCCCCUCCCCGCCUCACCCCACACCCAGCCAGCCUGUUAUAAAUAGGAGGCUGCCUGGCCAGUGUCGGGCCACAUCCCGCUUUGCCUUGUUACCCACUACAGCGUCAUCAUCAGGCCACCCACCACGGGAGAAUGGAGGCACCUGCACAGGAAGGCUCCAGCUUCAAGGCAGGAGCUAUGGCCCAGGCAUCCGGUGGCUCCCCAGAGUCCCACGAUGCCCAGCUGCCACCGCCACCUCAGCCCGAGGACGAGGAGGGCCAAGGGGAGAGGCUCGUGGAGCUGCAUGCCUCCUUCCGGGAGCUGUUCACCUUCUUCUGCACCAACGCCACCGUCCAUGGUGCCAUCCGCCUCGUCUGCUCCAGCCAGAACCGCCUCAAGACGGCAUCCUGGGGGCUGCUGUUCCUGGGUGCCCUGGGCGCACUCUACUGGCAGUUUGGGCUCCUCUUUGAGCAGUACUGGAGCUACCCGGUCAUCAUGACCGUGUCCGUGCACUCGGAGCGAAAGCUCUUCCCGUCGGUCACUCUGUGUGACAUGAACCCGCACAGGCCGAGCUCAGUCCGCCACCAUCUGCAGGCACUCGAUCGGUUCGCCCGGGAGAACAUCCGCUCUCUCUACCAAUUCAACUUCAGCGAGGACGGGGAUGUCCCCUUUGCCGACGACCAGGGCCCACAGCCUGCCUUCUACCUGGACCGCAGCGUCCGUCUGCAGAGGCUGAGCCACCCAGGUGGCCAGAGCAGAGUGGGUUUCAGACUGUGUAACAGCACAGGCGGAGACUGCUUCUACCGGGCCUUCUCGUCAGGUGUGACAGCCGCCCGAGAAUGGUACCGCUUCCACUAUGUGAGCAUCUUGGCCCUGCUGCCCGCUGCCCACGAGGACAGCCACCAGAGCCACGGUGGCCACUUUGUCUUCUCUUGCCAAUUCGACGGCCGGGACUGCCAGGCCCGGCACUUCCAGACGUUCCACCACCCCACCUAUGGCAGCUGCUAUACCUUCAAUGGUGUCUGGGCUGCGCAGCGCCCGGGCAUCACCCAUGGUGAGUGCCAGCCGCAGGCGGAGUGGGGGAGAAGGCAUCCUGGCCAGCCUGGCCUCACCCUGCUUCUUCCCCCAGGAAUCAGCCUGGUCCUCAGAACUGAGCAGCAGGACCACCUCCCGCUGCUGUCCACGGAAGCCGGCAUCAAAGUCAUGAUUCAUGAACGUGACCACACACCUUUCCUGGAGCACCAGGGUUUCAGCAUCCGGCCAGGGACCGAGACCACCAUCGGCAUCCGAGAGGACGAGGUGCGCCGGCUGGGGAGCCCCUAUAGUCACUGCACCGACGGUGUGGAGGAUGUGGGUGGGCAGCUGCUGUACAAUGCCUCCUAUACCCUGCAGGCCUGCCUGGUAUCCUGUUUCCAGCAGCUCAUGGUGGAGACCUGCUCCUGCGGCUACUACUUCUACCCUCUGCCGGCAGGAGCCCAGUACUGCAGCUACUCCCGGCACCCAGCCUGGGGCCACUGCUUCUACCGCCUCUACAGGGACCUGGGGACACACCGACUUCCUUGUGCCUCCCGCUGCCCCAGGUCCUGCAGGGAGUCUUCCUACAAGCUCUCUGCCGGGACCUCGAGGUGGCCUUCCUCCAAGUCAGCUGACUGGAUCCUGGCUGUGCUGGGCAAGCCAGGCCGCAGGAGCUCAAGCCAGAGCAAGAGCCCAAGCCCAAGCCUCAGGAGCAACAUGGCCAAGGUGAACAUCUUCUACCAGGAGCUCAACUACCGAACAGUGGAGGAGACACCCGUUUACUCGGUGCCCGAGCUGCUCUCAGCCAUGGGCAGCCUCUGGAGCCUGUGGUUCGGCUCCUCUGUUCUCUCUGUCCUGGAGCUGUUGGAGCUGCUGCUCGAUGCCGUAGCCCUCACACUGCUACUGGGCUGCCGCCGGCUCCGCAGAACUCGGGUCCCAGACGGGGCAGCCACAGUGGCGUCCCGCGCCAAGCCGGAGGCCAGCCCGUUGCCCACUGACUGCAGGAACGACGUUAAUCAUCUGGGGGGCCCUGCUGGCCUCUUCUCCCAUGCCGCUUCUGGGAGCUGUGGCAGGAAUCUUUGCUGAAGAGUUAGGCCAAGUGAGAGCCCCAGCCUCCUGACACCUGAACCAGCCUGAGCUUGUUCUGACCCUGAGGAGUAUGGGAGCGUUGGGCUCUCCUGGCUGCCCAGAGUGAACCAGACCAGCCCCACAGAGCCACCACCAGGCAGCCAAGCCAAGCCCGGGGCCCAGGAAGCAGCAGCACGGAGCCCGCAGGCAGGCAGGCAGGCACCAGGGUGCCCAGCCCAUUGGGCCCUCUCAUCAGCCCAGUGGUGGCCCAGGGGUGGCCUCACUCAAGGAGGCCCAGGGCAGGGGGGAGGGGAGUGUCCCCACCACUCUGGAUUCCUGCGUCUAGUCUGUACGUACCCGUGAGUGUGUGCAUGCAAGGGGGUGGGGGGGGUACCUCCACAUGGGAGUGUGCCUGUGUUUGGUGUCACUGUCACGUAAAAACGUAACGUGUGCUUCUGAGUGUGCCAACAUAUCUGUCUACACCUAUGUGUAGGUGUGUGCGGGCAUCAGGCAGAGCCUUCCUUAACUCAGGACAGGUGGAAGGAAGGGUAGGGCCAGGCCAAGGUAACCUUGGUGACCUUGGGCUGCUUUAUAAUAAAACUUGUGAUCUCA